AUGGCUAUAUGUAUUUUAGGUAUGUUUUCUAAUAGUAUAACUGGUAUAACAGGUAGUUUUAUAUUAUCUGUUGCUCAUGGUUUAGUUUCCCCUGGUUUAUUUAUUAUAAUGGGUGGUAUAUUAUAUGAUAGAUAUCAUAAUAGAUUAGUUCAAUAUUUCCAAGGUUUAAUUACUUAUAUGCCUAUUUUAUCUAUAUAUUUAAUAACUUUAAGUUUCUGUAAUAUAGGUACUCCUUUAUCUAUUAACUUUAUAGGUGAAUUAUUAUCUAUAACUGGAGCUAUAAGUAAAGCACCUAUAUUAGGUGCUAUAGCUGCUAUAUCUGUUUUAUUAUCAGCUUGUUAUCAAAUGAAAUUAACAAAUAGAUUAACAGGUGGUGUUAAAACACCUUAUGUUUAUUUAACUAAAGAUUGUACAUAUAGAGAAACUGUUUUAAUGUUAUCUAUUAUAAUACCUACUAUAUUUUUAGGUAUAUUCCCUAUGUGAUCAAUAGAUUUCUUAUGAGAAGCACCUUCAUUAUUAUAUAUAUUCAUAUUAAGGUAAGCAGUAUAAUGUAAUGGUAACAUGCAAUGCUCAUAACUUUGUAAUUGGUAGUUCGAAUCUAUCUACUGCACUUAAAUAUAAACCCACUAUUAAUAGGUUUAUAUAUUUAUAAUACAUUUAUAUCAUUAUAAAUUCUUUAUAUAUAUAAUAUUAUUAUAAUAAAUAUAUAAGAAAUAUAUAUAAAUAUGAAUUAUA